AUGGGCUCCGCCGUGGCGCGCGUGGGGCGAGGCCGAGGCCCGUGUGCGCCGUGCAGGGGCGGUCGCCGUGGGGCCUCGCUGGGGGCUGGCGCGGCCCGAGGCGGGAUCUUCUCCUUCCUGCUGCUCGCGGAGUUUUGCUGUGGGUUCUUUGUAAUCUUGAUUCUGAGCAACUUCUGGUUCCUCGGCGUCCUGUACUUGCUGUGGCUCUACCACGACUGGGACAUGCCGUGUGCUGGAGGGAGAAGGUUCCAGUGUAUCAGAAACUGGACAAUCUGGAAGUACUUCAGGGAAUACUUUCCCAUCAAGCUUAUAAAAACUUCAGAAUUGAGUCCAAAACACAACUACUUGCUUGGCUUUCACCCUCAUGGGGUGUUGGUAGCUGGAGCCUUUGGAAACUUUUGCACUGGGUCAAGUUUCAAGACUCUAUUUCCUGGGAUUACUCCAUACCUUCAUAUCACUCCCAUCUGGUUCCGCUGUCCCUUCUUCAGAGAAUAUAUAAUGAGUGCUGGAAUGGUUUCCGCGGCCAAAGAGAGCGUCUCGUACGUGCUGAACAAGGACGGAGGGGGCCACGCGUCCGUCAUUGUCAUCGGAGGAGCAGAGGAGUCCCUGAACGCGCAUCCUGGGAGCCUAACGCUGAACAUCCUCAAGAGGAAAGGUUUCAUUAAAAUGGCCUUGAAACACGGGGCUCAUCUGGUCCCAGUGUUUUCCUUCGGCGAAAACGAGCUCUUCAAGCAAGUUGCAAACCCCAGAGGUUCCCGGCUCAGGAAUAUCCAAGAGAAGCUGCAGAAGAUCAUGGGCUUCGCCCUGCCGCUGUUCCAUGCUCGAGGCGUAUUCCAAUACACUUUUGGCCUAAUACCUUACAGGCAACCUAUUCAUACUAUUGUGGGAAGCCCCAUCCCUGUGAAACAGAACUUGAAUCCUACCAAUGAAGAGAUUGAACAGCUACAUGAGCUCUAUCUACAGAAACUAAAUAAAUUAUUUGAAGACCACAAAAGAAAUUAUGGGAUCCCUGAGCAGAGAUCUCUUAUCUUUGAGUAGUGAAUUACAAUUUGUGAUUACAAGAAUCAGCUUGAGAAAAAAA